AGGCACUGUGGCGGGUCCCUGCCCGCUGUUCCUCCAGACACUGAGGGGGUCGCAUUCCUUCCCUCACCUUUGUCCCUGCGCGGGCUGCGGCUGGGAUCCGGUCUUUCCAGCCCCGAGAGGGACCCGGUUCCUCUGCCCAGGCUUCUGUCACUCUGUCACCUACGCUAUGCCCUGCUGUAGUCACAGGAGGUGUAGAGAGGACCCCGGGACAUCUGAAAGCCAGGAAAUGGACCCAGUGGCCUUUGAUGAUGUUGCUGUGAACUUCACCCAGGAGGAGUGGGCUUUGCUGGAUAUUUCCCAGAGGAAACUCUACAGGGAAGUGAUGCUGGAAACUUUCAGGAACCUGACCUCUAUAGGAAAAAGUUGGAAAGACCAGAACAUUGAAUAUGAGUACCAAAACCCCAGGAGAAACUUCAGGAGUCUCAUAGAAAAGAAAGUCAAUGAAAUUAAAGAAGACAGUCAUUGUGGAGAAACUUUUACCCCGGUUCCAGAUGACAGGCUGAACUUCCAGGAGAAGAAAGCUUCUCCUGAAAUAAAAUCAUGUGACAGCUUUGUGUGUGGAGAAGUUGGCCUAGGUAACUCAUCUUUUAAUAUGAACAUCAGAGGUGACAUUGGACACAAGGCCUAUGAGUAUCAGGAAUAUGGACCGAAGCCAUGUAAGUGUCAACAACCUAAAAAAGCCUUCAGAUAUCGCCCCUCCUUUAGAACACCACAAAGGGAUCACACUGGAGAGAAACCCUAUGCUUGUAAAGAAUGUGGAAAAACUUUUAUUUCCCAUUCAAGCAUUCAAAGACACAUGGUAAUGCACAGUGGGGAUGGACCUUAUAAAUGUAAAUUUUGUGGGAAAGCCUUCCAUUGUCUCAGUUUAUAUCUUAUCCAUGAAAGAACUCACACUGGAGAGAAACCAUACGAAUGUAAACAAUGUGGUAAAUCCUUUAGUUAUUCUGCUACCCUUCGAAUACACGAAAGAACUCACACUGGAGAAAAGCCUUAUGAAUGUCAGGAAUGUGGGAAAGCAUUUCAUAGUCCCAGAUGCUAUCGUAGACAUGAAAGGAUUCACACGGGAGAGAAGGCUUAUCAAUGUAAGGAAUGUGGAAAAGCAUUCACAUGUCCCCAGUAUGUUCGUAUACAUGAAAGGACCCACUCUAGGAAAAAACCCUAUGAAUGUACGCAGUGUGGGAAAGCAUUAUCCUCUCUUACAAGUUUUCAAACACACAUAAGAAUGCACUCUGGAGAAAGACCUUAUGAAUGUAAGAUAUGUGGGAAAGGCUUUUGUUCUGCCAAUUCAUUUCAAAGACAUGAAAAAACUCACAGUGGAGAGAAACCCUAUAAAUGCAAGCAAUGUGGUAAAGCCUUCAUUCAUUCCAGUUCCCUUCGUUAUCAUGAAAGGAUUCACACUGGAGAGAAACCCUAUGAGUGUAAGCAAUGUGGGAAGGCCUUCAGAUCUUCCUCACACCUUCAAUUGCAUGGUAGGACUCACACUGGAGAGAAGCCCUAUGAAUGUCAGGAAUGUGGGAAAGCCUUCAGAUCUAUGAAGAACCUUCAAAGUCAUGAAAGGACACAAACACACAUAAGAAUACACUCUGGAGAAAGACCUUAUAAAUGUAAGCUAUGUGGGAAAGGCUUUUAUUGUCCCAAAUCAUUGCAAAGACAUGAAAAAACUCACACUGGAGAGAAACUCUAUGAAUGCAAGCAAUGUGGUGAAGCCUUCAGUAGUUCCAGUUCCUUUCGAUACCAUGAAAGGACUCACACUGGAGAGAAACCCUAUAAAUGCAAGCAAUGUGGGAAAGCCUUCAGAGCUGCCUCAGUCCUUCGAAUGCAUGGUAGGACUCACCCUGAAGAUAAACCCUAUGAGUGUAAGCAAUGAGGGAAGGCCUUCAGAUCUGCCUCACACCUUUGAAUGCAUGGUAGGACACACAAUCAAGAGAAACCAUGAAUGUAAAGAAUGUGGGAAACCCUUCAGGUCUGCCCAGAACCUUCAAAUUCAGUAAAGGACACAAGCACACAUAAGAAUGCACUCUGGAUAGCUGAACAAAAGGCAGCAGAAACUUCUGCAGACUUAAAUGUCCCUGUCUGACAGCUUUGAAGAGAGUAGCAGUCCUCCCAGCAUGGAGUUUGAGAUCUAAGAAUGGACAGUCUGCCUCCUCAAGUGGGUCCCUGAUCUCCAAGUAGCCUAACUGGGAGGCACUUCCCAGUAGGGGCCAACUGACACCUCAUACGGCCGUGUGCCCCUCUGUGACGAAGCUUCCAGAGGAAGGAUCAGGCAGCAACAUUUGCCGUUCUGCAAUAUUUGCUGUUCUGCAGCCCCUGCUGGUGAUACCCAGGCAAACAGGGUCUGGAGUGGACCUCAAGCAAAAUCCAACAGACCUCAGCUGAGGGUCCUGACUGUUAGAAGGAAAACUAACAAACAGAAAGGACAACCACACCAAAACCCAUCUGUACAUCACCAUCAUCAAAGACCAAAAGUAGAUAAAACCACAAAGAUGGGGAGAAACCAGAGCAGAAAAGCUGAAAAUUCUAAACAUCAGAGCGCCUCUUUUCCUCCAAAGGAACGCAGCUCCUUGCCAGCAAUGGAACAAAGCUGGACUUUGACUUUGACGAGCUGAGAGAAGAAGGCUUCAGAUGAUCGGUAAUAACAAACUUCUCCAAGCUAAAGGAGGAUGUUCGAACCCAUCACAAAGAAGCUAAAAACCUUGAAAAAAGAUUAGACAAAAUGGCUAACUAGAAUAAACAGUGUAGAGAAGACCUUAAAUGACCCGAUGGAGCUGAAAACCAUGGCACGAGAACUAUGUGAUGCAUGCACAAGCUUCAGUAGCUGAUUCAAUCAAGUGGAAGAAAGGGUAUCAGUAAUUGAAGAUCAAAUGGAUGAAAUGAAGUGAGAAGAGAAGUUUAGAGAAAAAAGAGUAAAAAGAAAUGAAAAAGUCUCCAAGAAAUAUGGGACUAUGUGAAAAGACCAAAUCUAUGUCUGAUUGGUGUACCUGAAAGUGACAGGGAUGGAACCAAGUUGGGAAACACUCUUCAGGAUAUUAUUCAGGAGAACUUCCCCAACCUACCAAGGCAGACCAACAUUCAAAUUCAGGAAAUAUAGAGAACGCCACAAAGAUACUCCUCGAGAGGAGCAAUUCCAAGACACAUAAUUGUCAGAUUCACCAAAGUUGAAAUGAAGGAAAAAAUGUUAAGGGCAGCCAGAGAGAAAGGUCGGGUUACCCACAAAGGGAAGCCCGUCAGACUAACAGCAGAUCUCUUGGCAGAAACUCUACAAGCCAGAAGAGAGUGGGGGCCAAUAUUCAACAUUCUUAAAGAAAAGAAUUUUCAACCCAGAAUUUCAUGUCCAGCCAUACUAAGCUUCAUAAGUGAAGGAGAAAUAAAAUCCUUUACAGAUUCAAAUGCUGAGAGAUUUUGUCACCACCAGGCCUGCCGUAAAAGAGCUCCUGAAGGAAGCACUAAACGUGGAAAGGAACAACCGGUACCAGCCACUGCAAAAACAUGCCAAAUUGUAAAGACCAUCGAGGCUAGGAAGAAACUGUAUCAACUAACGAGCAAAAUAACCAGUUAACAUCAUAAUGACUGGAUCAAAUUCACACAUAACAAUAUUAACCUUCAAUGUAAAUGGGCUAAAUGCUCCAAUUAAAAGACACAGACUGGCAAAUUGGAUAAAGAAUCAAGACCCAUCAGUGUGCUGUAUUCAGGAGACCCAUCUCACAUGCAGAGACAUACAUAGGCUCAAAAUAAAGGGAUGGAGGAAGAUCUACCAAGCAAAUGGAAAACAAACAAAAAAAGCAGAGUUGCAAUCCUAGUCUCUGACAAAACAGACUUUAAACCAACAAAGAUCAAAAGAGACAAGGCCAUUACAUAAAGGUAAAGGGAUCAAUUCAACAAGAAGAGCUAACUAUCCUAAAUAUUUAUGCACCCAAUACAGGAGCACUGAGAUUCAUAAAGCAAGUCCUUAGAGACCUACAAAGAGACUUAGACUCCCACACAAUAAUAAUGGGAGACUUUAACAUCCCACUGUCAACAUUAGACAGAUCAAUGAGACAGAAAGUUAACAAGGAUAUACAGGAAUUGAACUCAGCUCUGCACCAAGAGGACCUAAUAGACAUCUACAGAACUCUCCACCCCAAAUCAACAGAAUAUACAUUCUUCUCAGCACCACAUCACACUUAUUCCAAAAUUGAUCCCAUAGUUGGAAGUAAAGCACUCCUUAGCAAAUGUAAAAGAACAGAAAUUAUAACGAACUGUCUCUCAGACACAGAGCAAUCAAACUAGAAGUCAGGAUUAAGAAACUCACUCUAAACCGCUCAAAUACAUGGAAACUGAACAACCUGCUCCUGAAUGACUACUGGGUACAUAACAAAUGAAGGCAGAAAUAAAGAUGUUCUUUGAAACCAAUGAGAACAAAGACACAACAUACCAGAAUCUCUGGGACACAUUUAAAGCAGUUUGUAGAGGGAAAUUUAUAGCACUAAAUGCCCACAAGAGAAAGCAGGAAAGAUGUAAAAUUGACACCCUAACAUCACAAUUAAAAGAACUAGAGAAGCAAGAGCAAACACAUUCAAAAGCUAGCAGAAGGCAAGAAAUAACUAAGAUCAGAGCAGAACUGAAGGAGACAGAGACACAAAAAACCCUUCAAAAAAUCAGUGAAUCCAGGAGCUGUUUUUUUGAAAAGAUCAACAAAAUUGAUAGACCGCCAGCAAGACUAAUAAAGAAGAAAAGAGAGAAGAAUCAAA